CUUCAGUGUCUCCUCCUUGGGGUCUUUGAUGUACUGCCUAUCUUCCAGCGAGGACCUGUGUGCCAAGCACUUCUUGUGUACAGGACAGGAGUCCAUGUGCUGGCUUGUGGUUACUCUGGUUAGUCGCAUGAACAGAGUCACCGUGGCAAUGCAGGCUUGACCAGGACAAGCAUGUGGGCCUUCCUGGGGAGACCUGAAUGCAUUCUGUGUCUGUCUUCAGCCUUAUGUGCGAUGGCUCUGCUCAGCAAUAACGAGUUUUCCAGGCUUAAUCAAACUCACUUGACCCCCUUGUUGCUGAUAAACCGAAAAGUAGGUCUGCAAGUCAAGGACUCACAAUUCACACUGGAAGGUUUUCCAUUCCGGAUCAUCUCUGGCACUAUAGACUACUUCCGGAUACCUAGGAACUCCUGGAGACUCAGUUUGAGGAAGAUGCAGGCCGGUGGCUUCAAUACUCUUACCACGCAUAUUCCUUGGAACCUCCACGAGCCGGCAGUUGGCCAGUUUUAUUUCACUGAAAACACAGACCUCAUAGCUUUUAUCACCAUGGCUUCACAGUCGGGACUCUGGGUCAUUCUGUGUCCGGGCCCCUACAUUGGCAGUGACUUAGACCUUGGAGGCUUGCCCAGCUGGUUACUCAAGGAUCCAAAAAUGAAGCUGCGGACAACUUACAAGGGAUUUACUAAAGCAAUGAAUCGGUAUUUCGACAAUCUGAUUCCCAAGAUAGCAAAAUUCCAGUAUAAGAAAGGCGGCCCCAUCAUUGCCGUGCAAGUUGAGAAUGAAUAUGGUUCCUACUAUAUGGAUAAGAAAUACAUGGCAUAUGUGAAAACGGCUUUAGUGUCAAGAGGAAUUGAUGAGCUGCUCAUGACUGCAGAUGAUGGUGUGAGUCUAAGAAAGGGCCACUUGGAAAACGUGCUGGCCACUGUUCACAUGAAGAAUAUAAAGAAAGAAACAUUUGGAGACCUCAGAUCUAUUCAGGGUAAAAGCCCUAUUCUGAUGAUGGUAUAUACAACCAAGUCUUUUGACACAUGGGGAACUCUGCACCAGACUGGAGAUGCACAGAUGCUGCUGAAGGAUGUCCAUGAGAUGUUCCACCUCGGGUUCUCCCUCAACUUCUACAUGUUCCAAGGUGGUACCAACUUUGGCUUAAUUGGUGGAGCUCAGUCUUCAGAGGGUUACAAGCCUGUAGUAACCAGCUAUGACUACAAUGCACUGGUGUCAGAAGGUGGAGAAUAUACAGUCCAGUACCGGGAAUUUCAACGUUUUUUCCAUUCUGUUACAGACAGUCACUUGACCGUUCAACCAAAAACUACACAGAUGUUUGCCUAUCAGCCAGUGACACUGUUAUAUUUCAUGACCCUGUGGGAAUUCCUGCCCAAUCUGGUUAAGACAACCAAGUCUUCCAAGCCCCUAUCCAUGGAGCAGCUGCGGGUGAAUGAAAGAAGUGGCCAGUCCUUUGGAUAUAUACUUUAUGAGACUGUCAUCUUCAGUGGAGGCCUCAUCACAUCAAGGGGUCAUAUUCGAGACCGAGGGCAGGUGUUUUUGGAUAACAUCUAUAUAGGACUCCUGGAUCAAUCCAACAGUGAGCUGCUUCUUUACAAAGAUGUCUCCAAGAAAAGUCAGAUUCUCAGGAUCCUGGUGGAGAACCAAGGUCGACUCACUUCUGGGCAGGAUAUCAACAAGGAGAGAAAAGGUUUAACUGGGGACAUCUAUCUAGACAAGUCUCCACUGAGACCAUUUAAAAUCUACAGCCUGGAAAUGAACAAUAUAUUCAUACAAAGGGAAUUUCCCAAUUCCUGGCAAAGGGUGACAAGCCAAGUCCAGGGACCUGCCUUUUUCCUCAGUUACUUGAAAGCAGGGGAUCCUCCCCAGGACACCUUCAUGAAAAUACAAGGCUGGGGAAAAGGUGUCAUAUCCAUUAAUGGAAGGAGCCUGGGACGAUACUGGAACAUUGGCCCCCAGGAAACUGUCUUUGUCCCUGGCUCCUGGCUUCAACCUGGAGUUAAUAAGAUCAUAAUGUUUGAGGAAUUGAAAGGUGACGAAAAGAUUCACUUUUCAACCAAGGCUCAACUAGGACAUUGAAUCUCAAGAAAUGUGAUAUAAGCUAGAAGAUGGAAUCCUAUCUGCACUGGUACUGGGAGUAAUCCAUCAGUUCUGACCCAUAGCUGCAUCUACACUCGCUUCAUUUUCCACCCAUGCCAGGCUUGGGUUCCACCAUCCACCUCCUCACUUGAUGGCAAACUCAGCUUUUGAUCCAUUAGCUCACAACAAAAUGGGCUUUACUGUACACUUUCUUUGCAUCGUUUCUUCUGUUAAAAGCUCUUUGACCAGAAAAAAAAAGGGAUAAAAAAGCAAGAAGGUGUGCAGAAUAAUUGGCAUUGCAAGUGUAAAUCUGAAGUGGAAACAAAUGGUGUGUUUCCAAAUAAAUAAAUCAGAAACUGCA